AUGCGAGUGCUGGCCGACGACGAAAGCCUUGGAAAGAGUGCUGCACGCUAUGGAGAUGCGGAUGUUGAGGUGGACGAUAGGCAAAGGCACUGUUCAAAACAAAAGCACAUGCACAAAGAAGAGACAGCAUCGAUGACCGAGCAUUAUAUCACACAGCUGAUAUCGAAAGUGGCCAUGUUUGUACCCAAGAAACUUGAAAAGGUCUUUGGUCCGGAACCUUCGGUAUACUCAAGAAAAAAGGAAACUCCUUAUGUAAUGGCAACAAUAUCCGAAAUUCAACGAAUCAGCAACGUUCUACCAUGGGCUAUUCCACACAGCACAAUGAACGAUGUAUUCAUCAAUGGAUACUUCAUUGCUAAAGGAACAGAAAUAAUGCCUCAGUACGGUUGUGUCCUGAACGAUCCGAAUCUAUUUCCAAAUCCUGAUCAGUUCCUUCCAGAAAGAUAG